CAAGGAAACACUAGAAGCACCAUUUACAAUUUGGACUUUUUUUAGCAGCGAAAACGUUUUUUCUUCCCCCCACUCUCUCUAGGUUCUGAUGACCAAACGUUACAGUAAAUUUGGCAAACUCACCUUCACAGCUCACGCCUCUGGUCAGCACUACCUCUGCUUCCAAAGCAACUCCACGCGGUUCUCAGUCUUCGCUAGAGAAAAGCUGAAGCUGCAUUUGGACGUUCAGAUGGGAGAGCACACGAUUGGCCACAGCACAGAAAAAACCAAAGACAACAUGGUGCUGUUGGAGAACAGUCUCAGACACCUCUUCGAGCAGAUGAUGUACAUCAUCAGGCAGCAGGAGUACCAGAGGGAAAAGGAGGAGGUGUUUCGUCAGAUCGGCGAGGACACCAACAGUAAAGUGCUGUGGUGGGCCGUGGUGCAGACCUCUAUCCUGCUGUCGGUCGGUUUCUGGCAAAUGAAACGACUCAAAGACUUCUUCAUUGCCAAGAAGUUGGUGUGAUGUACGACCUUUGACCUGUCGGCUCUCAGCCUGAUGAUCAUCUCAAUGUCGUAUACAAAAAAAGGCUGCAACAAGUAUACGAGAAAAUAAACGCUCUCUCCUCUUACUGUCAAACAGCUGGUCAUAUGAACACGGGGAAAAACGAAAAAAUGAUGUUUGAGUAGCAGGUAUGUGUUUAGAGAUGAUGUUAGUGUUGUAAGGACAAUCUUUGAAAUAUUUCUAGUGGGUUGUUUUUAAAGCUUCUGCUCCUCCUCCAUUAUUUAACUCAGUUGCCGUGACAACAGCAUUUCAUUAGACUUAAUAAAGAUAAUAAUAACACUG